UAGGCGAGACUGUAGGAGGACCGCAGGAGUGUGUGUCUGGAAAUGAUCUGUGAAGGAAAAGUGGAUAUCUGGAGUAACAAUGUAAUCCGACCUGUGACUACAGGAUAGAAUCGUUUCUUCUUCUUUUUCUUCUUCUUGGGACGUUUUGUCUGGAGCCAUGAAUACCCUCGGGAAAAUUCUCUUCUACAGGUGUGGCUGUAAACGUUGACAUGAUUGGCCUCAUCCUCGUAUUUUUAGCCAUCAUCAUCCUCUUCUUUGCCUUGGCCUUCUCAGGCUCCUCAUCCGACGUGCUGAGCAGCAACACAAAACCCGUUGGCAACCUCGGUGUGGAUGAGCUUCUCAGCUGCUAUCUGAACCCGGACAACUUCCAAGAGGCUCUCAGUCAAGUAACAGUCACCUGGGAGAAGAAGGACCUGAAUGGGCUGGUUUACCUGUACGAGUCGGGAGCCCCGAAUCUUAAAGACCAGGCUGCAGAGUUCAAAGGAAGAACUCAGCUCUUCUCAGAAGCUGUCACCACAGGAAAUGGUUCUUUGCUGCUGAGGAGUGUGAGGAGAAGUGAUGAGGGGGAGUACACCUGCACCAUCAGCUCCUCCAGUGUCGGAGGGAAGGUCACCAUUCACCUCAGAACAGCAGCCUUUUCAGCUGCUACGUUUACAAUGUCAAACAGCACCCUGGUUGCUGAAGCAAGCAGGUGGUUUCCAAAACCAAAUGUUACCUGGACGAACCAAACUGGGAACGAACUGAAUGGAAGCACACUUUUCACAGAAGGCAGCGAUGGGAUAUUCAGCGUGGUCAGCACACUUCAAGCAGUCAACGUCGGAGACGCCUACAACUGCAGGAUUGAGAAUAAUUUGGUCACGGCUGAUGCUGAGGCAAUUGUGACAGGUGGUGGUGUUUUGGGGAGAACAUUCUUCACCUUCAGUGUUGCUUCUUCCUUACUUGCAUCAGUUUAUCUGAACAUUGUGACCUGUGUGGUCUGCAUCUAUUGUAUGACCUGAUUACACACUAAAGUACACAAAUUAAAUAAAACAAAAUACUGUUAAAUAUCCCUCCAUAAAUCCCCUCUGGGAUUUUUUUUUCUUUUACAGUUUGUUUGUAGGUGCAUGACCAGAUGUAUCAGGAAAAAUUAUAUAUAUUGCUGUCUGUAGCAAAAUAAAAAUAUAAUUCUGCCUAUUUAUGAUGACAAAUGGUUACAUUUAAGGUUAGGGAAGCAAUGUACUUUUAAAAAGUAUUUUUGUAUCUAUUUAUUCUAUUUUAAAUUAACUCUCCGCAUCACUGAAAAUUGUUGAUGACUGAAUGAAAGCGAUACAUAUUUAAAAUAAAAAAUAUGAAGAGA